AUGAAAUGUAUUCAUACUUUUUUUAAUAUUUAAAUUUAUUAAGUACAGAAACUUUAAAAAAUUAAAAUAUAAUUUAUCACAAUAAAAAACAAAAAAGUUAAUGAUGUUUGGUAAAAUAGUGUAUUUUAAAUAAGUUAAAAAAUAAAAAUAGAGCUAAAUUUUAUGUAAAUUUAAGCUUUACAAUAAUCCAUAUUAAAUUAGAAAAUUUUAUUUGUUUUUUUUUUCAAAUAAAAAAUUGGCAAGCAUAUAUAUUAAAAAUUAUUAUUUCUUUUAUACUUAUUUGAACUAGCAUAAAAUAACUGUAAAAAAUUUAAUAUACUUUAAAGCUCUCUAAGAAGUAAAGACAUGUUUGAAAUAAGAAUUCAUAAAUAAUAACUCAUCUUAUUAUUGUUAUUAUUGACUCAGUAAGCUAUUAGCUAAGAUAUUGUCUCUAAUAUUACUUGUGGAUAAGGUUGUCUAUAAUGCCAAACAAUUUAGAAUGGUUCUAAUAUUUGCUAAGAAUGUGAUCAAGGAUUUACCUUAAACAAAGAUGAUAAUACUUGUAUCUAUAAUUUAUGUCCUUAAAACCUUUUUGUUGUUGACUGGAUUAAGCACAAUUAAUGUGUUUUAAUUUGCGAUAACAUACAUAUAGGUAAUUCCAAAACAAAUACUUGUGAACCAAUUCAGCAAUGUUCAAUUUAUAAUCAAAAUUAAAACUAACUAGUAACUGACGAUACAAUCUAAUAAGCAUUUUUCAUAACAUAGGAUACCAUAAUUGUUAUGUAUUAAUACUAGUACACUUUGCUAGAUAGCCAAACAGGAUUGAUUUAUAAAUCUGAUUUUAUCGACAGAAACUCUUUGAAUUACUACGUCUUUUAAGGUACCAUUUUCGUCAUUAAAAAUACAAAUAAGAUAGCUUAAUUAGAUUUAAUACUUAAGUAGGAGUAUUUAAUAUAUUAAGAAAUUGAUAUUUCAAUUAAUUAAGAAAUGAGAUUAAUUGACGUCAGCUAAUUUAUUAUUUGUUAUCUCAAAGUAGAUUCAACCAAAUAUCAAUAUCUUAUUUAUCCUCUAUAUGAUAUAAGUCAAGCAACAAAUAUUAAAGGAAAUCAGCUCAUAAUAAAUUAAAACGAAAAGAAAUUAAUUUAUUCAAAUAAUUCUAUUUUAAUAUUUGAAGGAUCUAGCUAAUUAACACUUAUAAAUUUAUAAGCUGUAAUAACAAAUGAAAAUGAUUACUUUUUAACAGAAAAUUAGCUUACUUGUGUAGUAAAUAACUCUUAAUCCAGCACAUAAAUUAGCUCCUUAUUAAAAUAAGGAAGUUAUGACGAAUAUAUUUUCAGUAUAAACCAAAAUAAUACAAUAUUCUAUGCUAAUUUUAAUGAUAAAAUCUGCCAAACAAAGAUCAACAAAACAUCCUAAAUAUAUCUUAAUCACAAAGUAUUAGAAUCAGUGAAUUCUAAAUUACUUAAUAAAUAGCAUCAGGUCCAGUAGCCUCGUCAGUUAUAAUAGAAUAGCUCUAAUUGCUGA